AUGGAUGCACGAACUGUGAGUUGGAUUCUGGCGAGCCUGGUCACUGUCGCGCUGGCCUGGAGGCUAUCGCGAUAUGGGAUGCGACCGAAAGACUACCCACCAGGUCCACCCACGCUCCCUAUACUGGGCAACCUUCACCAAAUGCCAAGCUCAAAUCUGCAUCUUCACCUACAGAAAUGGGCACAAGAGUAUGGUCCAAUCUACUCCUUGAAACUGGGUGGCCAGACCCAGAUCGUUGUCAGUUCGCCCGCGAUUAUGAGAGACCUCCUGGAAAAGCGCAGCAACAUCUAUUCCACGAGGAUGGACAUGUUCAUCCGGGAGAAUAGCGACAAUCUCAACAUUCUGUUUCGAAAUAACGAUGAUGUCUGGAGGCGUCAGAGGAGAAUGUACCACCUUCGACUCAAUGCGAGGGGUGCUGACAGCUAUAUUCCAUACCAGUUGUUUGAGAGUCGCCAGUUACUCCACGACUUUCUCGUCUAUCCCGAAAGAUACGAUCAAAAUUUCAGGAGAUAUACCGCCAGUAUCGCUUCCACAUUGGCCUAUGGAUGGAGAACUCCCCGCAUUGAUCUUCCAGCAGUUGCUGGCAUCUUCUGGUGGAACGACCGAAAUGUCCUCAUCGCCAACUCGUUACAAAUGACUGACUGGUAUCCAUCGCUACGACCGAUCAUCGAUUGGAUCCCAACGCGGAUAAGCUCCCUGAAACAGGAACUGAGAAAAAUCAGAAAUCUGGAGGAAACUCUUUUCCUCGACCUCUUCGAGAACGCCAAAGCGAGACACAAGGAGGGCAAGCCUCGUCCAAGCUUUUCCAACGACAUGAUUACGGCUAACGAGAAGGCCGGAAUUGACAAGCUGGGCGACAAGGAGCUAGCGCAUAAUGCUGUUCAAGCUGCCAUGGGAGCCACGUAUAAUGGAUCAUUGGCCCUCUUGCUAACAAGUGGACUUACCCAGGCUAUGGUUCUCUUUCCCAAAGUUCAAGAAGAGGCCCAGCGGGAAAUUGACGAGGUCGUCGGGUCUGAAAGGAUGCCAACCUGGUCUGACCGAGAGAAGCUCCCAUACGUGCGCGGCGUUGUGGAAGAGAGCCUACGGUGGUUUCCAACCACUUUACUCGGUGCUGUACCACACGGUGUAGCUCAGGAUGAUUUCUACAUGGGCUACAAGAUCCCUGCUGGCUCGGGAAUUAUCAACAAUGUGUGGACGAUGAACAAUGAUCCGACCAGGUAUGAGAAUCCGCGCGAUUUCAAGCCCCGACGCCACGACCCCGCGAAGACUUCUGGAGAGUUUUUCGGAAUCAAUUCAAAUUCUACUGAACGGCCGCACUUCAACUUUGGUGGUGGUCGAAGAGUGUGCCCCGGAUUCCAUGUUGCAGAGCGGGGCUUGUUCAUUGCCAUUGCUCGCAUGCUCUGGGCGUUCAGCAUGACCCCGAAACUCGACGCGUCUGGAAAACCGGUCGAGAUUGACAGAGAUGCCGUUACAGGAGGGCUGGUCGCGGGCCCGGCUCCCUUCAGCUGUACCAUUGUGCCACGGAACGAGCAUCGCCGAGCCAAGAUUAUUCAGUCAUGGGAUGAUGCACUCAGCUCGCUGGAUAGUAGCCAUGAUUUCACGGAUGAGUUCUUCGAGAAAGAAUUUAAGGUUCGUAAAACAUGA